CACACACACACACACACACACACACAGAGAGGUGGAGCUCAGUGUUUUCCUGCAGCAGAAAGACUUCGUGGAGUUUCUGAAGUUUAGAUUUGACUCGAGUCGUCUCUCAGAGUGAGGACUGAGUCAUCAUGGUGACCACUGAGACCCACCAAAGCCAGGACCUACUCGUCCCCCCUCAGAACCACGACCAGCAGGACCCGCAGGUCCAGGAGGAGGAGGACCAAGCCUCUCCCUUAUCCCCCCUGGCAGGAUUUGACCCUGAGACGAUGAGUCCGGGUCCCGUCAACGCCAUCACGGUCCUCACUCUGCUGGACAAACUCGUCAACAUGCUAGACGCCGUGCAGGAGAACCAGAACAAGAUGGAGGGGCAUCAGGUGGAGAUGGAAGGUGUGGUCAGAGGGAUCCAGGCGGACAUGACCAAACUGUCCAAGAGCCACAGUCACACCUCCAACACCGUCAGCAAACUGCUGGACAAGAGCCGCAAGUUGUCUGUCACCAUGAAGGAGGUUCGUGAUAAGAUGGAGCGUCAGGGUGUCCAGGUGAAGAAGCUGGAGGCCAACCAUGCUCACCUGGUCAGCAGGAACAACUUCAAAGUUCUCAUCUUCCAGGAGGAGAACGAGAUCCCCUCCAGUGUUUACGUGAAGGAUCCGCCUCCAUUCCCUCGUGAUGAGAUUUUGGAAGAAGGUGAUGAAUCAGUGGCCGGCUUCACUGACGGCAACCGUUCCCAGGAGGGGGGGCUUCACACCAUCGACUUAUCAUCUGACGAGGACGUUGGGCUGGAGGCGGAGCUAGAGGAAGAAGAGGUCUGGCCUCAUGAUCUGGAGAACAUGGAGAAGUCCAGAGCCGAGAAACUGAAACAUUCCAGUCUGAAGAAGGUCGACAGUCUGAAGAAGGCGUUCUCCAGGCAGAACAUCGAGAAGAAGAUGACGAAGAUUGGAACCAAGAUUGUUUCUCAGGAACAACGAGAGAAGAUCAAAAAGAAAACCUCCAGUCUGAAGGUUUCACCUCUGACCUUCAGCAUCAGGAAGCCUCGCAGCAGCUCCGACUCUCAGCCCCCCGACGCCUCUCUUCAGGUGGAGGAGUCGGUCGUGGUCCAGGCUGACGUCCAGCUCUCUCCGCUGGGCAGCACCGACCAGGAGGUGCCCUUCACCGAGGUCCACGCCCAGCUGGCUCCGGAUGAACAGGGGAAGAAGGAGGAGGAGGAGGAGGAGAAGAAGGAGGAGGAGAAAGAUGAGGGGGAGGAGGAGGAGAAGGAGGAAGAGGAGGAGGAGGAGGAGGAGGAGGAGGAGGAGGAGGAGGAGGAGGAGAAGGAGAAGGAGAAGGAGAAGGAGGAGGAGGAGGAGGAGAAGGUGGAGGCGGAUCUGUCGGUGGUUUCAGAGGGAGUCGGUCCGGAGUACGCUCUGUCCUCCACACUGCCUCAGGAGGAGAAAGAGGAGGAACCAUAAACACUGGUGAAAGAAACAGCUCAACAUUUAGUGAACUUCAGAUCCUCAACGUUCUCCCUCACAGGUCUUCAACAUUGUGAUGUUUGUGUUUCCUCACUGGAGCUUCGUUCACUUAAUGUUGAAGUGUUCCUUUAAAGUGGAAAACAACUUUAAAGGUCAUCACAGUUUAAUUUCUUUUGUAUUUCUAUUCUUGUUAUCACUGAUAUAAAAACACCAGAACUAACAAUAUCAUUUACGAGCAUGGUGUAAAACAUGGUGCUGAACAAAUACUCUAAUGUAUCAAUUGUAAUAUUAUAUUUGCUUUGAGGUUUCUUUUUAGGUUCUGCUACUGUUUCCUAUUCACUAAAGGUCCAUCAAAAGGUUGCCCUAACAUUUCCCAAAGGAUACCGGUUUUCACUAAAGUACCUCUAACGUUCUCCCAAGGUUCCUCCAGAGUUCCCAUAAAGGUUUGGGUUUUUGUUCCUCCAAGGUUCCUCUAAGAUUUCCCAAAGAUCUCCCUAGGUUCUUCUAAAGUUUCUCUAUUGUUGCAAGGAAGUUCCACCAGGGUUCCUCCAAGGUUCCCCAGAGAGUCUUCAAAGUUUCUCUAAGGUUCUAUCAGGGUUCCUCUAACAUUCCACUUGGGCUCUGAGGUUUCCUCACAUUUCCACUGAGGUUUGUCCAAGGUUCCCUCUCAGCUUUUUCUGAAGGUUCCUCUAAAGUUCCCCAACGUUCUCCUGAGUACGUGUGUGGAUAUCUACUCUGAAUAAUAACCAGCCUGUUGAUAAUUAAUCUGCUUAUUAACAACACACAAGUAUUAAUACCCGUAACAGUUUGAUCUGUGACACCAUCGGUUUAAUAUCAGCUUCAGAUAUGUAUAUAUAUGUAUAUGUGUAUAUAUAUAUAUAUAUAUAUAUAUGAAGAGUAUUUAACUCAGUAUAUAUAUACAGAGUUAAAUACUCUGUAUUAUAUACGGUGUUAAAAGCAGACUGAUGUUUGAAGUCAGUUUUUUUUUUUUUUUACAUUUAUAGAAACUUUCUGCUGCCAAAGAAGUUUUUACUGUUUGUCCGACUGUCAAUCAUCCAACAGGUGUGUGAGAAUCACCUGAACCUUAUAAUCAAUAAAAUCUGUGUACCCACUUU